GACCGACUCAUCCGUAUGUCGCAUAUAUGUGUGUCCAAUCAGUUCUCGCCUCAUAUCUUAUCUCCUCCACCAGAGAAAUUGCAGAAAUCCGCAACCCUCACAACCAACAAACCAUGUAGAGCAAUGCAGGACACACUCCAUUUCCUCUCCAACAGCAAAUCACUUCAAUCCUCUUUUCCCCGUCUCAGGCCCCUCUAUCUUCACCAUGAUUUUCCCUCACUUUCUUGUUCGAGAAAAUUCCACUUCUCUGCAGUCAUCACCAAAACAACCGUCUCUCUCCCUCCAAAGCCCCCGAAAAUCCCAGAAAUUCCCUUCGUACCCACUCCCGCGCCCACUCCGGAGACCUCCGAAUUUCAAGAGAAAAUGUUUUACUUGGAUUCAAUUGGACUCGACAUAUUCUCGCUUAUCAACCAUCACCGUUCGAUUGUCCUCUCCGCCUCUCUCGCCGACAUCAAAUCCACUGUCGAUUUCAUGACCUCCACGAACUUCACUGCGCAGGAGUUGCAACGAAUCGUCUCCAUGUGCCCCGAAAUCAUAAGCUCCCGUGCCUCCGAUAUCAUCCCUGUCUUUACCUUCCUCUACAGAGAAGCUCGUGUCAACGGCUCGGAUAUCAAGAAGGUUAUAAACCGACGGCCCAGAUUGCUCGUCUGCAGUGUCAAGCACCGACUGAGACCGACCUUAUAUUUCCUGCAAAGCAUUGGCAUAGCAGAGGUAAACAAACACACUUAUUUACUCUCAUGUAGUGUUGAAGACAAGUUAAUCCCCCGAAUUGAACACUUGGAAAAAAUCGGAUUCUCCCGGAAAGAUGCAAUUUUAAUGUUCAGGAGAUUCCCACAGUUGUUCAACUACAGCGUGAAAGACAAUUUGGAGCCUAAAUUUAAUUAUUUUGUGGUUGAAAUGGGGAGGGGUUUGAAGGAGCUGAAAGAGUUCCCACAAUACUUCUCGUUUAGUUUAGAGAAGAGGAUUAAGCCUAGGCACCAGUGCUGUGUAGAGAGAGGCCUGUGCUUUCCUCUACCGUCGUUGUUGAAGUACAGUGACGAGCAAUUUAGGAGGAAAUUGGAGGUUUGUUGUGAUUCUUCUUUGCCUUUGAGAGCUUCUCCUUUGUGGUGUACAAAUACUGAUGUUAAUUCCAAUAUAGAGCAAAUUUGAUUCAUCUUUUA